AUGGGGGAGCAGCCAGCUAUAGGCCUAGGUGAUGUGUGUCAAAAGCCAAAGCCCUCUCCGCCGCCCUUCUUGGCCAAAACCUACCUGUUGGUCGAGGAUCCGACCACCGAUGAUGUCAUCUCCUGGAACGACGAUGGGACGGCGCUCGUAGUGUGGCAUCCCCCGGAGUUUGCUAGAGAUCUCCUCCCUACCCUCUUCAAACAUAGCAACUUCUCUAGCUUUGUUCGCCAACUAAACACAUAUGGAUUUCGCAAGAUUGCGACAAGUCGAUGGGAGUUUUACAAUGACAAGUUUCAAAAGGGAGGUAAAGAAAGACUCUACGAAAUACGUAGGAGAAAACACAAGAGUAAUGCAAAAGCAAUCGAGGCCACACAUCGAGAUGAUCUCGACGAAGAUGAAUGGUCCUGGUCGACUUCAUCGUCAACCGACCAUUACGCGACACUUGUUGACGAAAACAAGAGGCUGAAGAAGGAGAAGGGAGCGUUGAGGUUUGAGGUGAAGAACAUGAAGAGGAAAUGCAGAGAGCUUAUUGAUUUGAUAGGAAAGUACGAAUUGGGGAUUAAUGGGUAUGAUAAGAAGGAAGAUGAAAUGAUGGUAAUGAAGCCAAACUUGAAACUAUUUGGGGUUAAGUUGGAGGUUGGGGAAGAAGAUGAAAUGGUGAGGCAAAGCAAGAGGAAGAGAUGAGUUCAUCAAAAUGCACCAUUUUUGUUCUCUCAAUCGUGCAAAUCAAUGAAGUUUAACUGUGUUUUAAUUUAAACCAAUGCAAAUACGUGCGUGUG